ACGAUGGAGAGGUUUUGGGACAACUUGUUGCUUUAUCUGCCUGUAGGAGUUAGGGCUGGCAGUGCUGAAAUGGACAAUUCAGCAAGACCCAGUGAUCGUUACUUUGUGUAAUAGGCACUCAGGCUGGAGUGCCACCCUGCCAUCAUUUGAGAGCUUCCAUCUUCUCCCACAGCAGGCCUGUUGCCUUCAUUUGAAGCCCAUGACACUUUGCCUUCCCUGUUGUUGCUCUUUCCAUUACUCUCCUUGACUCGGAAUACGUGUGUUAUUUUCAUGCUUGAUUUUCCUCUUGCUUCUUCUGUGGUGCCGUGCUAACAGGAGUAAAUCAAAGCAGACAGCUGUACAUCAGUCCUCUGGAGGGAAGGUCAACCUGCCUAUGUGUGCCCCGUCAUUCUCAGGAAAUGUCCAGCGUUUCCAAUUACGCCCUUCGAAUGGCCCGUCUGAGUGCUCAGAUAUUUGGAGAAGUUGUCAGGCCAACUGACGCAAAAUCUAUGAAAGUAGUAAAGUUAUUCAGUGAGCAGCCUUUAGCCAAAAAGAAGGAGGUCUACAGCUGGUAUCCUCCUCACAACACCUACUAUGCCCUCAUGAAGAAACUCCGCUACUUUGGUCUCUACAGGGAUGAACAUCAAGACUUUAAAGAGGAGAUGAGGCGGUUGAAAAAGCUCCGUGGGAAGGAAAAACCAAAGAAGGGAGAAGGAAAGAGAGCUCUCAAGAAGAAAUAGUGCCACUUCGAUAAUAUAAUGAACUACUCUGGAAGUGCUGGAGAACAGCUGUAAUGCUUUCUGUUCCCAGGAUGGAGAGGGGUUGGCAUGUGAGCUGUGUUUGGGGCACAAGAAACACAUUGUGAAAUACUGGAAUCUACCUUGCAAGUGCACUUUGGUCUUUGUGGUUUUAUUUCUUAAUUUCUGUAGUUGAAAUAUUCUGUAUAUUUUAGCACAUGAGUUUGUCAUGAGAGUCCUCUCCAACCCAAGCAGUAACAACAAUAUUUU